AUGCUUCCCAAGAAUCUCAGUGCUUCUUCAAAACCAGGAUUCGAGAACACUUUUUCAUCAGAGAUGACAAAAGCGGCUCAAAAGGGAUCGAAGAAUAGCAAAUCCGACGAAGACUUGGCUCAGAGAAAUUCUUCAUCACUGCCGACUAGUAGUAUAACUGCACCGACUAAAAGCGAAGGAACUGUAGAGGGUUCGAAUAGCAGCGGAAGGGAGAAGCUGAGGAAGCACCGGGUUGAGGUGGCCGGUCGGGUCUGGAUACCCGAGAUGUGGGGCCAGGAGGCUUUUCUGAAAGAUUGGAUCGACUCCACGGUGUUCGAUUCCAAGCUGGCGAAUAGCAGUAUUAUGUCUGCUAGGGUUUCGUUGGUUGAAGAAGGAAGGAGACCCAAUUCCACCGCAUUCACAAUCGAGAAUAGUUGUUGA